GACUCUGGACAUGAAGAGCCCAACUCACUUCACCGGCUGCCACCCCAACGUUUUCCACUAUUUUCCAUUGUUAUUUGCGGUUUAAGUGAGCGUUUUAAAGUCACUGGAGUGCAGUGAUCCUGGAUAAUAACACCUCAAACUAGAUUAACGACUGCUUCACGAUAAAACAGGUAACGAAGGUGAAGUUCUAUGUAUCAGUGUGACGUAAUAAGUGUCAUGAUAAACGAGCGUUUAGCUGGCUCUCGUCGCUUAUGCCAUCAGAUAAAAAACGAGGGAAAAUAAAAGUUACUUGUACUAUCUGGUUGCGCACUCAGUAUCACACCAACUUCCUGAUAAAACGUUUUCUGUUUUUCUAAUAUUCACACUGGGGAUUUAUUAAAACCGGCAAAUAUGAAGAUGGAGGCUGAUCAUAGGAGGGAGCAGUUGAAACGUGCGACUGACAGGAUUCAGCGGGAAAUUGAAGAGGUCACAGAGCGAGAACACGAACUGCGAAACGUCGGCAGUAUAAAGACAACAUCAGACGAGACAGUAGACUCCAAGGUACGUCGUAUGCCACAGGCCCUGAUAUCGGGAAAGUUAAAGAGGACAACGUCAACACCACAGAUACUGGAGCCAUCUCCACUCACGUCAAAUCCACCAGACCUGACACCAAAAAUGACAAACGGUGUGAUAUCAACCCGUACAACAGCCCAACCCCUGCGAUUUGCAACAGGAUUCAGUCAGAAGGGUCUUAUGCACAGAUUUCUAGCAACUCGUGGUAAAAUAUACAAGACAAAUGGAGCUAAUGGGGAUUAUCCAACACCACCACCCACCCCGACUAUCGUUCUCAAUCCACUGAGCAUAAAAGCACUCGGUAGAAGUCUCAAUAACAAUAACGGAUACAAUGACAGUGAUAAGGAUGAUGAACCUAAACAGCCACCUACGAGGAAGGGAUAUGUCCCAGUUGAACAGAAAAUCCAGAAGGAGCUCAACGACAUGAAAGAACGAGAGAAUGAAUUGAGAUUAAUGAGGUCGCGAAUGCUGGCGAAAUCUCAACCAAAUUUAGUCGACAUUGGGAAUGACAAUGACUCGGAUAUAUACGACAGCUCGGGUUUUCCGAGAAGUGGUACAUCAUCGAAUACAUUGACUGAUGACGAGUCUGAGAAGGAAUACAAAGGCAAACACAAGCCGAAUCCCCGACGUCGGAGUACUUUGAUAGCACAAUGGGAAAAUCUUAUCGCAGCCAAGAGAGAGUCGACCGAUAAUGGCCACGACAUUGAUAACGCGUUUUAAUUAAUUGUUAAUUUAUACUCGAUGGUGCUACGGGAUGGCGUCUUUUGAGGAUAAUUUACAGUAUUACAUUGGUAGCUGAGUCAUCACGUCAUGUGCAAAAUUAUUAUCGUCGUUGUUAAUGAGGAGAGAGAUUAUGUUAAGUGUAAUUACAGCCAAUUGGAGACGUCUAUUGUAGUUGUUAGGAUUGUGGAGGAAAGUGGGGCAUGCAGGGACUCCUGACUUUUCCUUUAAUAUUCGUAAUUGAGGUGCUCAUUAAUCGAUUAAAGGAGGGAAUUUAGUCGAUUAUAAAUAAUUUCCUGUUCCCAAUAAAGUGAUAGCUGAAAAUUUCUUCCACUUCUACGUAUAUUUAUCUUUUAUAUAUUUUUUUCUGAUGUACAUCCGUACUAUUAAUCACGAUUAAUCAAAACUCAAGUGCAAUUGUUUAUUAUAAAUCGGUGGGACACUGAGAAUACGAUUUAAUUAUUUAUAUUGCCAGUCUGUUAGAAGGUAGAUAGUUUGGAAUAUGAAAUGUUAAGACAGAUAGGAAUUAUAUUUUCAUCCGCGAGAAUGAUGGGUGGAGGGGGAGUUCCACGUUAUACAAAUAUUUAAAAUUUCAAAGUGUUAUGAGUUAUUGUAAUUUUUUUAUUAGAAUUAUUAUCCUCAUUCUAGUUGAUGAAUUCUCGUUCAAUAAAAGAGAUUUGAAAAUU